AUGGAUAUACCUACAAGAUUAGAUCAUCUACAAAAGAAGGUUUAUUCUGAUUUUGAUAGUCUUUUACAAACAUUGAGCAUCCAGAAUGAUGACAAUUCGCCAAAAACAAUCCGAACACGCAUCAAUCAAAACUUGCUCGAGUUUAAGGAUUACCUCCAUAUCUUGAAGUCAAGUACAAAAGAGGACCUGACUUAUCACAUCUAUGACUUGAAAUACAAAUCACUCAAGCAAAAGUUUAGAAAAGUACAGCUUUAUCUCAAUGAGGAACAACAAGUGAAGAUCCAAGAGUAUCGCUUGUUGCACUUUAACCUACUUCCUGAUACCGACAACAGUACAGACAAUGAAUCCAAUGAAAGACCCCUCCAAUCAACGAGAGAACAGCUAUUUUCAAACAGAUCUUCGCAAAAGACGGCCGAUGCAUCAAUUUCUCAACAAAUCAACCAACAAAACACGAAAAUCACAUCUUCAUUGCAAAAGUCCCGAGAUUUGCUAUCAACUACGAUUCUCCAAUCUGAACUAAACAUAGAUUCAAUAGACCAGCAGACGAAAGAUUUGACCAAAUUGAAUGAAAGCUUUAUCCAAUUUAGUGAUCUUCUAAACAAGUCAAGAGGGAUUAUCAAAUUCAUUGAAAAGCAGGAUAAGCUGGAUAGACAACGAAUUUACCUAAGUAUGGGGUUUUUUAUAUUGUGUUGUUGCUGGGUGUUGUAUAGAAGAGUGUUGAGAAGGCCCAUAAGUAUAUUGUUUUGGUCAUUCUUUAAGAUCUUUAACAUCUUCAAUUGGAUAUUGGGAACUAGGUCGCGAAUGGAGUCAGCUAAUGAAAAGGUUGAAUCACUCAGUGUAAUUGCCUCGACAACGGCUGAGUUACUUUCCACUGCAUUGAGCGCGGCUUCAGAGGAUCCCUUGUCUGAGACCUUGCAAGUUGUUAUAUCAAGCAUUACUACAUCGGCGCGCUUUGUUGAUGAACUAUAA